CCGUGCCAAAAAUAGCCUUUUAGGGCAUUCUUUAAGAUUUAUUACGUGCCUUUUCGUACAUCUGCAAAGAUGUUUCAUGAUUUAUUCUUUUUACCAAAAUGAACGAUGUUCUCGUGUUUUUUCAGCUCCGUUUCCGGUUGGAGUUCUCGCCCCUGUUCAGACAAUUGCGGACCAGAUAGCGGCGCUAUCUAAAAAGAAAGAGAAACCACUCGAAAUUGGACAGAUUCCAAUGUCUGCCUGCGCUAGAUCGUUUCUAAUUUUGUCCAAUAUUAUUUUCUUAAUUGUAGGAGGCGGACUAUCUGGUGUAGGAGUAUGGAUGAUGACAGAUCCGAAAAUCGAGACGUAUUUCGAUAUCUUAAAUGUGGAUCAGUCAAGUUCGAGCUUCAAAAGGAUCUGCUACGCCCUGUUAGCUGUGGGAAUUUUUGCUCUUCUCGUAGCUUUCUUAGGUUGCUGUGGUGCAGUACAGAAAAGCAAAUGUUUGUUAACGUUGUUUCUUAUACUGGUUGGUGUAAUCACUGUGAUGGAAGCUGGACUCGGUGUAAUGGUGGUUGUGAGCAAGGACAGUGCUACAGCGAUACCCGUGCUCUCAGCUCUCAUGUCAGAUAUGCAGGACAAGCUAAGAACACAGCUGAAACAAUCAGUAACAGAACAUUAUCUCCCAGAUACGUUGCUAGGGACAACCUGGGACAACGUUCAAAUUGAGUUAGAAUGUUGUGGUGCUACCGGACCCGAGGACUAUAAAAACAGUCGAUGGACGAAUGAAACAAGACCAGAGACUGAUUAUCCGGACACGUGUUGUGUGCUAAUGUCAAAGGAAGCCGCGGUACCAGAACCUUCUAAUAAGCUCCUAUGUCAUUUUGGUACGGCCGGAUUCUACUUUGAAACGGGUUGCUAUGAUAAAAUGAUUGGUUGGUUUCAAGACAACAGCAUGUAUAUAAUCGCCUCAGCCGGUGCUGUGUUUGUUAUUGAGGUUGUUGGCUUCGUAUCGGCAUUUAUCAUUUGUAAAAAUGGAAUAAAGAAGAAAUCAAAAGAGUCCAGGCAGCAGUCAGCCAAACCGGCAGAACGGUGAAAUUUACAGAUACUUAGUAUACAGUGAAAAUAAAAAAAAUCUUAAGAAUCAAAUGUGCAGAAAAUGGAAUUGCAUCUGAUGAACUGUAGCGAAAUAUUGCUGAUACAAUUUCGGGAAAUUUUACAUUCGUAAGGACACUGAGUUGCUACGAUACAACUCGGGUACGGCUUGGACCUUGCAUAGGUUUUGGAGAAAAUUUGUUUAGAAGUACACUGUGGCAGUUAUGACCAAUAGAUCCAAGUGAGAAAUGUGAAAAUCCACAGAGUCUUGUUUGUGGUUAUGCAUGAACAGGAUACUGGGCUUUAUAAUAACCGAUUUGGGAGGUUAUUCAAAUGUAUCAAUUUUUGUUAAAAGUUUGUUUAUAAGUAAAAUAUAAUAUGUUUAA